AUGGACAACCUUGCUGAAUUUUUCGACAUCCAAGCUGAAAAUACCAACAAUUAUCAAGCAAACAAUCAAGAAGUUUUGAACUUGGAGCGAAAAAAUCAAAUUGAAAAUCAGUUAGUUUUGUUUUUUGAUAUAAAAGGAAGGGAUUGCUCAUAUUAGAUUUUUUUCAGAAGUUUUAAUCAAUCAUUUGAUGAUGAACUUAAUGAUGCAAUAGAUGUUAUUCGUGCUGAUCCGAUUCAUCAUACUGGAGAUAAAACUACUUUGUGUCCAAAUCCAUAUGAUGAAUAUUGUCAAUUGGAGAAUUUGGAUUCUUGUAAGAAUUUUUAGGGGGUGAUUUGAAAAAUGUUCAUUGCCAUGUGGAUAACAUCGGCCAAUCCGUGAAUGGCCAGAGAACAAUUUUGAAAAAUAUCUGAAUUUCAGUUUUUAGAGGUCAAAAACUGAAAAAUUCCCAGUUUUCACACUGUAAAAAGUCAAAAUUUCUCAAUUUUCAGCCUAUGUCUGUGAAAACCCAAUAACUGGCGCGAAUUUAGAAAAUUCUCAAAUUUUCAACAACAAUUUUGGCACCGGAUGGCAAGGUAACUUUCGGCACCAAAAAUUUACAAAAAAUCUUUUUCAGAAUUCGAAAAUCCAGGUUACGUUCCCAGUUUGACUUCACCAAUUUCGGACAUUUUGAAUCGUGAGUUUUCCUGCCAAAUUUAAAAUUCUCAUUGGAGCGCAUUUUCAGAAUCUUCUCAAAAUGAUAUUCCAUCUGGGCACCCAAAUUACAACAAUAACAAUGAGGUUAUGGAAACUGGAAAUGCUUGGAAUUCGAAUGUUUUGUAUGAAAAUGGAAAAGUUAUUUAUCGUCUACAACCAAAACAAUUCGAUCAACCUGGAAACAAUUUGAAUUCACAUUUCGAACAACUUGUCCUAACUUCACCAAUACUUCCCGAUAUAAAACCGGAAUUUUCACCAAAAAUGAUGGGAAAACCCAAAAGAACUCGGGCGAAAAAAGCGGAAAUGGAAAAGUUGAGCGAUGCUGAUAAAAUUGCUAGAAGAAGAAGUAAUGCGAGAAAAAAUACAGCGAAUUAUAACAAGAGAAAUAAAGAGGAGAUGGAGGAAUUGAGCAAGAAUUUGAAGGAAAAUCAAGAGGAUUUGGAGAGGAAGAAAAAUAAACAUAAAAAUACGGUGAGCAUUGAAUUUGUAAAAGUGGGAGCCUUUAGAAACAAAAAAUUUCAAAACGUGUUUUUUUCAAGGUUUUGAACAUCAAUAAUACCAAUAACUUCAUGCUCGAAUAUCGGCCAAAAAAUUCAAAUCACAAUUAUUUCCCAUAUCAAAACAUCCAUUAUAUCGAAAGCCAAAUCAAUAUUAUUGAAACUGAACAAGCUGAAAAUAUCAAAAUAAUUGGGAAUAAUGAGAAUAUUCUAAAUCUCGAAGACGCUUUCGAAUUUUUCAAACAAAAAUUCGAAUUCGCUGAAAAUGAUAUGGAUUUGAAGGAAAGAAAUCAAAAUACUUAUGGAUCGACAAAAUCUCGUGCAAAAUCCGAGAUGGAAAAGUCUGAAAUGGUGUUGAAAUUGGAGAGAACUAAAGUCGAAAUUGGAAUUCGCACGAAGUUUGAGAAAAUCAUGGAGGACAUUAAGAAAUUCGUAAGGAUUUUUAAAAUUUUCAAAAAAGAAUAAUUUUCGAUAUAAAAUGAUUUUUUCAGUGCAAACAAGAAUUCACCGAAUACUUGAAGGUCAAACACAUCGACAUUCAUGAGAAAUAUCGAAUGGGAAAGGAGGAUUUCGAUAAAUUCGAGAAAAUUUUGGCAUUCUUCCAACUUCCUGAUCCAUUAUAA